AUGGCUUCUCUUAUUUCUUUUUCUUCUCUCCCAAAACCAAAAGCUGUAAGAAGUUUACUCUCAUCUCCUCAGACAGAGACAAUAACUGAAGGUCUUGAAGAUAAAUUCGGACGAAAAGGCAUAAAAUUUUCGGAAUCAAACAAUGUUCCUAUGGUCGAGCUUAAGGUCAGAAAUGGAAGCUCCUUAAAACUGAGUCUAUCAGAUGCUCAUGUGGUUUCAUAUAAGCCAAAGGUAUAUUGGAAAGACGACGGAUUCGAAGAAGUUCUUUACACUGUUGAUGGUGGUGAUAAUAAGACCAAAGGUGGGGUUGGUCUUGUAAUGGUAAACGGAGACGAAGCUACUGGACCGAAAGGAGGGUCUUCUUCAGUGAUAUCAGGUUGUGAUUGGAGUGUCAAGGACACUGAUUCUGAUGCCAUUGAUGCUCUUCAGAUCGAAUUGAGCUGUACGGCCGGGUUUCUCGACUUAACUUAUAUCGUCUCUCUCUACCCGAUAAGCAUGGCUACAGCCCUGGUUGUGAAAAACAAUGGGCGCAAACCGGCCACUCUUAAACCCGGGAUUAUGAGUUACUUGAGGUUCAAGAAACGGAGUGGGGCUGGAAUUCAAGGACUAAAAGGAUGUUCUUAUUGCCCUAACCCGCCUUUAUCAUCACCUUAUGAGCUCUUGUCUCCUUCCGAGGCAAUGAAGCCGGACUCCUCAGGGUGGUUUGGGUCAGAAGAAGGCGAAAAGCCGGGGAUUUGGGCAGUAGAAGACUCUGUCAUUACACUUCUUGAAAAAAAGAUGAGUAGAGUCUAUGGUGCUCCUCCGGCUGAGAGAUUAAAGGCUGUCUAUAACACUCCACCUUCUAAAUAUGAAACCAUCGAUCAGGGAAGAGGAUUGUUCUUCAGGAUGAUAAGGAUAGGAUUCGAGGAUAUGUAUGUGGGAAGCCCAGGAUCGAUGUGGGACAAAUAUGGGAAGCAACAUUACUUUGCCUGCACCGGUCCCGCGUCGAUGCUUGUUCCCGUUGAUGUUGCCGCCGGGGAGACUUGGAGAGGAGCAAUGGUAAUCGAGCAUGAUAAUUUGUAA